AGCAAGGCUCAAAAGAUGGCGGCACAACAAGGAGGAGGAUUUCAAAACUACCCUCCACCAGCACCAGCAGGAGGAGCUGGGUAUGGACAAGCCCAACAAGCUACAACCCAACCAGCUGGAUAUGGUUAUCAACAAUCACAAGCAGGCCAACAACCAGCUGCCUAUGGUGGAGGAUACCAGUACAGUACCCCAGGGGGAGCAGCACCAGUUCCCCCUGUCCCACCAGGAACGUACCCCCCUACCUCUCAACCAGCACCAGCUGGUUAUUCUGCAGCUCAGCCUACGGCUGGAUACGCCCCACCUGUCCAACCAGCCGGUGGAUAUAGUGCUGCCGUGCCCCCUGUUGGUGGGUCUAGUCAAUAUGGAGGGCAACCACCUCCACAGCAGCCACCAGCUGGACAGCCUGGUUAUGCUCCGGGUGGCCCGCCCCCUCCUGCUCCCAAUUACCCCACUCCCCCUGGAGCCCCAUACCAACCACCACCUGGAGUACCGCCCCCUGGCCCACCACCUGGUGGACAAGGGUUUCCCCCACCUGGGGGUAACUUUGGAGGCGGUCGCCCCCCGGCAUAUGGUGGAUAUGGUGGUGAGAGAGACGGAGGGUUCGGACGACGUGAAGGUGGACACAGUGGACCACCUCGAAGCGGUGGUGGCUAUAUGGGUGGUGGUGGCCCAGGGAACGGAGGAUUACAAGGAGAGAAGCGGAUUAGAGAAGAUGCUGUGUACAUUACAAAUCUUACUGAUGACGUCUCAGAAGAGAAGAUGGGGGAGCUGUUUGGCUCUAUUGGUGUUAUAAAGUACAACCGCAAGACGCAGAAACCACACAUCACUCUGUACACAGACAAGAGGACAGGCAAAUUUAAGGGAGAGGCUUUGGUUGUCUAUGAAGACCCUAGUGCAGCUAAAGCAGCCAUUGAAUGGUUUAACGGUAAAGAUCAUUUUGGCAGUAACAUCAAAGUGGAGUAUGCCACCCACAUUGAGCCGCCUGGAGGUUAUGGUGGUUACCGUGGAGGAGGGGGGGGAGGAGGAGGGUUUAGAGGUUCUGGAAGGGGUGGCGGAGAUUUUGGUGGUCGUGGAGGUCGGGAUUUCGGUGACCGCGGUGGUGAUCGUGGUGACCGCGGUGGCAGGGGUAGAGGGUCUUUUGUUCAAGCCGCAGGAGACUGGGAAUGUCCAGAUCCAAAUUGUAGGAAUAUGAAUUUUGCUCGUCGCCAUGAGUGCAAUCGCUGUGGUGUUUCUCGGCCUGGGGGUGGUGGUGACAUGGGUGGAGGAAUGCGUGGUGGCGGUGGCUUCCGUGGGCGUGGCGGUGACAGGGGUGGAUAUCGUGGACGUGGGAGGGGAGGUCCAGACCGAUAUAGAGACAAUGAUAGAUCUGGUGGAAGAAGCAGGCCAUACUAACUUGAUUACUGUGGUGAAAAUAGUGACUCUGUUCCUCUAAACUGCCUACUUAAAAGUCUACAAUAGCUAUAUAUACUCUUUUGUUACUCUGUAGUUCAGCUCUGAGCUGUAUUGUUAAUCUAGAAACCUUUUUGCAAUCAA